UAUAUAGCGGCUAUGGAUUUCUUAAUGAUUCCCACAACGACAAAAGUAGUUAAGAUCAUGUUGCGUAGUGGUCAUUUCCAUGGUGUGAAAUAUAGUCUUUCUAUCUAUUUAUUUGUCUUGGUACUUUGCACUUGUGUAACGUUUUCAAUUGUAUUCUGUAGGAGAUGUAACAAUGCUUUAACAGUAGACCAACCUGUUUGUUCCAGCUGGACAAAUAGUGAGGUUUUACAAAAGGCCUUGUAUGCUUCUCAAGUUGUUUUGGAACAAAAGCAAAAAGGUUUUACGAGAUAUGUGCCCAGCAUAAUUCACCAAAUGUGGUAUUCAGAUAAGGAAACGAGAGUUCCUCUACAUCUCAAGAGGUCUUUGGAGAGUUUUUCCAACAUGAAUCCUGAUGCAACUCACCUUUUUUGGAGAAAAGCAGAUCUACUUGAAUUUGUGAUGAGAUUCUAUCCUUCUCUAAGCAGUUUAUUUCUCAAAUUGCCCAAAACUAUCUUGAAAGUGGACUUGUUACGCUUUUUAUUGCUCUUGCACUUUGGAGGAGUAUAUUCCGAUAUCGAUACAUUAUGUCAAAAACCAGUCUCUGAUUGGACUCUUGGAGAUGAGAAUGUGUCUGUCAUUAUUGGAUAUGAAGGUGGACUUUGGGAAUUUCCAGGUUGGGAACAGGAAACUUCAGAGAAGCCUUUUGCAAGAGAUGUGCAACUGACUACGUGGACUGUGGCUUCAAUGCCUUAUCAUCCAUUGAUCGCUAACAUGGUUCAUAUCUGUAUUCAAAAACUUGUCCAAAUGAAGACUGAUGAUUUGAAAACUUAUGAUGUAAUGGACUUUGCUGGUCCUGGUGCUUGGACAGAUGCAGUAUUGGAAUAUAUUAGUCCUUUUGGUUAUUCUGGAGAUGAUAUAUAUGCAACAAAAGUACCGUUAAAAGUACAAGACAUUUACAUAUUGCCUGCUGCAGGUUUCGAUUGGAAUCAUAACGGUGACCCAAAGUUGGCAUGUAUUCGUCAUCUUUUUGUUGGAUCAUGGAAACGUCGACAAUAAGAAUACUUGAGCUUUUACUAUUUCUUUAUUCUAUAUACAAUAGGAAUAGUUUUAUAUUUGUUUUAUGAAUAUUGACUGUCCAAAUUCUCAAUAGCACUUGCAGUUAUUUUAUUAUUUGCUAAUAAAGUUCAGGUUUAUGCUUUCAUGUUAAGAAAAAGAUGUUUCCAUAG